AUGACGACGGCGGUUUCAAUGAACGAUCAAGACCGUGCCGUGGAUGAAGCGAUGCAUGCAGCGACUACGUUUACCAACCGUUUGCCUGCAGUGGAUCUUCAAAAAGAGCGUGAGAUUGAUGAAGUUAUGGAGUUUCUCAAGUUUAGUGUCAAGCCCAGUACGAGCUUUGGUGGUACGAUCCUGUUCAAGUUCAAGACCACAGACGACGCCGUGCCCAAGACCUUAUACGCCGUGGAAAUUAAUGACAAGAAACAGGUGUUUACGCACAAAAACGUGAGUCCUAGCGGCGUACGUCCUACGUGCGAAGUGACCAUCUCGAUGGACGAUUUUCUGUGGAUCUACUCGGGCAAAGCGUCUAGCUCUGACUUGGUGAAGCUUUUCUACGCUGGCCGCGUGUCUAUCAGUGGGUACGCAUUUCGAUCAGUGUCUAAGUUUGCGCAAAGCUUUGACUUCUCGUCCGAGAAGUGGCAAAGCUUCUAUGCUUGGCGGAAGAUACAGGACGAGAAGAACGACUGCAAUCGAUCGCAAGGUGCUUUGGAGGAGACAAGAAAUGUUGGCUCGCCUUCGAGAGACUAUUGGUUUGCCCAUGCAAGGACAAUAUUGGACGGCUAUAACCUGACUGGACUGCAACGUCUGCUGUGGGAAACAUCGUUGACAAACCUCUUUGGAUGGAAAGUCAUUUUGGAAAGCGUACGACGUGCGUCAAUGUGUGACAAGAAACUUCACGCCGACGGACUCAGCAAUGUUGCAAGUGUCGUUGGGAAUGCUGGUCCUGUGUCAGCGGUGUUGAAACGACGCCCAACAGGUGCCAUCGCACCAGGUCAGCGUCACUAUGAGCGAGAAUCGCGCGCAGAGCUACAUCGCUUCUUGUGCCCUUGCAUGAAACAGUCGGCGACGAUCGUCGAGUCGCUUUCGCUAGACAAAUCCGAGCAGACGGCGAGUGUCAUAUUUGACUUUUUCAACAAGGAUUAUAUCGUGGAUGUGAAACGCAGCGCCAAGGAGCGUCAACAGCGUCGCCAUCACCGCAACCGCGUUGAUCUAGGUGAUGCCGGUAUGGCGCAACUGGACAAGCUCGUGCAGGUAAUCGGGAAGGGUGGUCACUCGAACCAGAAGCGAGAUAAUCAAUCCAAGUACGUGCCGGCACCCGAGCUGCUCCUACAUGAGUUUCGCGUCAAUGUGACUGUGUUGAUGGACAUUUUGAAGGAGAAAGCUUCGGGUCGCAAGCCCCUUCACAAGAUCCCUGCGCCGCAAAUGGACUGGCUGGUAAGCAAUGGACAUUCGGGUAACAUGGUGAUCGCGGACAGCAGUAACAAGGUGGCCGCUGGACUGCCUUAUUCCUCGUCCGCACUGCCGAGCUUGCCUCAAAGCAUGAUUGUCGAAGUGAAUCGAGCUAAGAGUGCACGUAAUCGAAAGCGCUUUGACAUCCCGAAGCAGCGCAUUAAGGCCAAGUUUGCGUCUCUUUCACGCGAGUUGGCCAACCAGAGGAAUCCAGCUAUGACCAACAUGGAAGAGUACCUGGUUUUUUCAGACUAUCUGUAA